AACGCAGCCCCCAGCGCAGCAGUUGGCGCUCAGUUUAUUUCUGUCUCUUGACGCGUUCGGUUGUGUCAGAGGCGCUGCUGUCGCGUUGACGUUCAGCGUUUUGUGCUUUUAAUUCGUUGCUUGCUGCGCGUGCGUCGCGGUCGCGUCGUCGUCGUCGUCGCUUAUCGCUUAAAGUUCAUGCGAGUCAAAGUAAAAGCCAUAAAAGCAAAAGAGCAGCAGCAGCAAAGUCGAAAAUAAAAGUGUGCGAAAACAAAAAUGUAACAAAUACAACAACAACAGCAAGAACGGAUAGCAGUUCAAGCAAUCGACUAAAAAACCAACAAAAGUUUAAUACGAGUUUCGUUUCGUUUCAUUCUUUUUUUUGCCUUUGCGUGUGUUGUGUUCUUUUGCUUCUUCUUCUUUUGGUUGACCAUUAAAAAGUGACGCUGUAAUGAAGCUUUGAACACACACACACACUCGAAGAACAACAAACGCUUGAGCCCGCCUUCAACUUGAACUUCAGUGUCUCUUUUUCUUUCUCGCGUUGUGUCUCGCGCGUUAUUUUUAGACAACACACACAACUAAAGAAAAUUGCAUAAAACAACGACGCAAUGGGCACCAAAUCUCCCGGUGGUCCACAGCGCUGUCGUCUGAUUCUGCAGCACUGCCUGGCCAUACAGCUGAGCAAGCCGGGCCACACGCCCGAGGACUUUUGGAUGUACGACUCGGGAUAUAUGAUAUUUCAGAACUUUCUGGCCGCGAAUGCGCAAUGCUGGUGGAACGCGCCACUUACAGCUGCCACACGUGCGCUCAAAUAUGCUGGACAUGUGGCGCCGGGCAUGUUGCUGGUGACCGCCGAGCCCUGCGCGCUCGAAGUGCUGCGCGGCGCCUUUGCGCGCAGCGUGCUGAAGCCGCCGGCGACUUAUAUCAUCAGCUCAGUGGGUGACAUUGACGAUUGCAUUGUAACGCCAACAGUUCAGGGACAGUUCACGCCACUGCCGGAGGCACUCUGCGAUGUCAUAAUGGAUCUAACCGCCGAGGGUCAAUCGGCCACCAUCGAGCAUGUGCGCAGCAAGCUGGGCGUGCGUUUUCCCCACAUGACCACGCCCGCCACCGAGGUCAUCUACGAUACGCUGGCGCAGCUGAUGCAGGAACAAAAGAUCUAUCAGACAGCCAAGGGUUAUUUCAUCUUUACGCCAGAACGUCGUCGCAGUCGUUCGCGGCCACGCAGCAAUCAUCACCAGCAGCAGCACAACAACUCAUCGGGUCACAGUGUCUACGAUCAGCUGACGGAGGCGGAGGAGCAGCAGCAGGAAGAUGUGGUGCCUGUGGAGGCACGCACCAUGCUCAUGUCCAAUGCAGAAGCAUUGCAUUCGCUUUACGGCGAAAUAUCCACGGAACGUGAUGGCGAUCUGACGCAUCAGUGCAUACAAACAAAUCUGGCGGAUGUUAUAUGCGGUGGUAAUCCCAAUGAUAAGAUCAUUUAUCCGCGUGCGGCUAAGCGACGCAGUGCAUCGUUUCCCACGCCGCGCAGCUUGGAACGCCGGCACAGUUUGCGGCUCUUUGGCUCAUCGAAGCGCCUGCAACGCUGCGCCUCCACACGCAGCCUGUCCAAGACCUAUGCACAGACGCUCAAUACAACAGAUAGCAGCAGUUCGGAAUACCAAAGCACAGAUUCGUCAUCACCCAAAAAAGGAUCUUUGCUCUCAAGACUGUUCCGACGCAGCGGACGCGCCAAGCAGCGUCAAAUUGAAACCUACUCAGCGCAAUUUCCACCCGCCGAGUGGUUCAACUCACGCGCCGUCCAUUUGCAUAGCGUGGGCACCCAAACAGCUGAGCACGAUAUGCCCGCUGUGCAUACGCUGUCCAAUUCCACGUUCUACGAUGGCUCCGAGCUGAGCCAACGUUCGUCCACGCUGCCGCGUCGUCAUCGCCGUCACAUGUCCAGCGAGUCAACGUUUCUGAUUUCAUCGCGCGAUUGCUCGCCCAUACGCAGACGCUCGCCGGUUUACUGCAGCAGCUCGCUACCUCGCUCCACACAGUCCAUACCAGCAGCGGCCACACUGUCGCGCCUGCAAACUGCCACGCCGCCCACGCCCGCACAGAAGCCAGCACAAAAGUCCAUCAUUGGCAAGCACAUAUUCGAGCGUUCGCCAGCGCGCAGCACGCUGAAGGCGACGGCGGCCGACAACAAGGCCAACUAUCGCAGUCUGCAGCAGAGCAGCGGCCCCUCCAGCCUGGAGAGCUGCAAGACCUCGAUGCUGGCCAGCGGUCCCUCCAGCAUUGACAGCGGCAAGGUGAGCUUCAGCCAGAAGACCAGCGGCCACUCUAGUCUCGACUCGCAGUGCUCCACAAACACAGCCGUGGUAGCUCCAGCGCCCAGCAAUGGCAGCACUCGCUCCAUACUGCUACUAAACGGUUCGCCCAGAGGCACGCCGCGUCAUCAGGCGAUGCGUGCGCGCGUGGCCGAGGCGCAGGCACAGCGGCAACGCAUACUCGAGGAGCUCAACUACAAUGCAAACACAAAUGGCACAAAUGGUGUGCCCAACUCCAGCAGCAACAACUCCAUAACACUGCAGGUGACCACCAGCAGCAAUGGCAGUGGCCAGCACAUACCCAGCACCAAGAUCUUUGUGCAGAACUCGCCCGUGCGAAGCGUCAUCACACUGGAGAAUGGCAAGAUGCUGGAGAACUCCAAUGUUUUCAUUAUCAACAAUGAAACGAUGACCAAUGAAAAGGGCGAAAUCAUUAAGAAGACAUUGUCGAAGCAAACGCAGGCAGCGGCAGCCACGCCCAUGCACACGCCCACGCCCACUGCUGCCGAAGCGCCGCUCAGCGAAACGGAAGCCAAUUCCGAAACUGGCGACUCCAUCAGCUUCAUCAGCGAGAGCUCGCCCGAGAAUACAGCGACUGAAACGCCUUCCUAUGAUGGCGGCAAAUAUGCCAAGAACACCAACAACGACGCCACCAUGAACAACAGUCGCAAGCUCUGCCUGCAGCUGCAGGCCAAUGGCAUUGCCUAUAAGAACAAUGUGCUCAAGCAUGAAUCCCAACCGAAUUCACCCUGCGCUGAGCACCAGCAGCAGCAGCAGCUGCCCUCAGCUGUCAAACUGGCCGCCUUGGCGAAUCAGGACUUUGAUAUUGCCGGCUCGGUGGGCAAUUUGCAUUUCUACGAGAAGCACUCCAAGGAUAGCAGCAGUGAUUUGAAGAAUCUCUGCUACGAGUCGGUCUGCCAGCUGCAAAAGUGCAGCAUAAGCGGCGAGGAGCUGGCGCUGGCCCAACUGCUGCACAAGUCCAGCAACAAUGCGCUGGGCAGCGAGCCCAAUUUGAAUGUAAACGACAAGUCAGUGGACAAGGAGGCCAUGGAUCGACGUCUGAGUUUGACCAAGGAUACGCUGGAGCAGAGCCUUAGCAGCAAGCAGGAGGAACUCUAUAACUUCCCCAGCUUAACGGAUCUAAGCUUUAACUUUACAUCGCUAGCAGCGCGCAAGAUACUGCAGGGCGUCAGUCUCAAUAGCAUCGAUACGCUGGUGGAGCUCAACAUGGCAGCGGCAGCGGCGGCGGCUGUAGCAGCCAGCAGCGCACAGGAGAAGCAGCAGAAUAAUCAAACAGCCACGGCCCAGGUGGCCAACGCAACUGCCACCGUUUGCACGGACUUUGGCAUGGUCUAGUACUAGUUCUAAACUCUAAAAAAA